AUGUCUUUGGUCGGAGCCCUUCUUUUCUGUAACGACUGCGGUGGUCUGCUGGAGCGAUGCCCUGCUUCUCAAGCAAACAUUGAUUGUGAUGUGUGCGGCAAGAGAAACAAGAAUAUCUGGCCGACAUCCACCACUACCGAAUCGGCCGCUACAGCAUUCCCUUCGCGCUUGCGUGAUGCACGCUCUGAGAUCCAGGUUUUGUCUGCCGAGGACAGGGAGACUUGGGCUAUGACAACCACCGCAUGUCCUCAGUGUGCCAACCCUGAGAUGAGAUACAGAGAUGUGCAGUUGAGAGGUGCGGAUGAGGGAAGUACUGUCUUCUAUAGGUGUCCCAAGUGUGAUUACAAGUUUAAUACCAACAACUGA